AUGAUUGUAGAAGAAUCAGAUUCGGCAUUUUUUCGACAAACAUUCUACAACAGAAUUUAUCGUCAGCGUUUUUCUCCGGAUGGUAAUUGGUUAAUAGUGACGAAUUCGCGUGCCCAUUUAUAUCUUUUCGAAAUUCGUCAGGCUCUUGAAUUGAAUGCCUCCAACAAUGAGCGACGAUUCAAGAAUCGGCUAAAGUUGGAUGAAUCAGUUUACGCUUUCACUACGGUUCAUUCAAGAUUAGUUUGUGGUAACUCAAUGGGCCAGUUAGCUGUUUAUAAUUGGGAUGAUAUCACCCACUCUGAUACUUCCGGCCGUUGCGAUCCUUUAUGCAAAUUUAAUGGUUUUCCUACAAAUUUGUCAGUUGCACCACCAUGUGAAAUAAAUGCUAUAGCUUGCUGUGGAGCAAACGAUAAUAAUUGUGUGCUGUAUGCUGGAGCUGGAGACAAUGCAAUUCGUUUGAUAGAACUUGAUCGUCCGGAUAAGAUCAUUUCGACAUUCAUCGGACAUAGUGAAUAUGUAAAUGAAUUAGCAGUGCAAUCAGAACAUGUAUUUUUGAGUUCAUCUGAAGAUGGUACUGUUCGCCUCUGGGAUGUGCGUUCUAAGAAUAUCCAUGUCUUCAAUGUAGCUACAGAAGGAAAGCUUAGUCGAAGCAGUUAUGGUCGAGGAAUUUGCGCUUUGGAUGUUGAAGAAGAUUUCAUGGUUUGUGGCGGCGAUGUGGAACCUGCUAUCUGGCAUAUUGGUUCAAGGUCAUUAGCUUCAGCUUUAAUUUGUGAGCGUCCUCCCCUAAUGCGAUACACCGUAGCAAAAAUGAACGGCGAUCGGAUUUUAAUAGGAGGAAGUUGUCCGGAUCUGAUGCAAUUUGAUUACUCGGGCCAACAUUUGACAUCAGUGAGGACAUCACUCCGGAACAUUUAUUCCAUAGAGACGAACUCGCUGGGUGCAAACGCAAUGACAACAGUUGCUGGUGACUCACCUCUUAUUGAUGCUUUCUUGAAUCUUGGCUAUGUAUCUUUUUCUUUCUCGACAACUUCAGUGCAGUUUGUCAGUCCACAACUCUAUGCAUAA